UCGUCGCUAGCAAUUGGCUCACCACUAACAGACCCGUUCAUAAAAAUAAAAACUAUUAUUUUUCCAUCGAGCCCAGCGCUGUCCCAAAUCCAUUUCCUCUUGCCAGUCUGGGAGAUCCGAACGCCCAGGUGGGACGACCACUGAAAACAGCCCAACCGCCGGUGGAUGCGAGCGUAGCACGGGAAUAACAGCCUUGAGUCCAAAGGAUCACAACGCAGGUCACUGGCCAAACUGCAUAUUCCGAGCCCCACGGAGGAGGAGGAGCCGCCAUGAAUGCACUGCGGCAGUUCUACCUGGAGAUACCGGUGGUCACACGGGCCUACACGACGGUUUGCGUGCUGACCACCCUGGCGGUGCAUCUGGACAUGGUGUCGCCGCUGCAGCUCUACUUCAAUCCCACGCUGAUUGUGCGCAAGUUCCAGAUCUGGCGCCUGGCCACCACAUUCCUGUACUUCGGCACCAUAGGCAUUAGCUUUUUCUUCAAUAUGGUGUUCACAUAUCGCUACUGCCGCAUGCUGGAGGACGGCUCUUUCCGCGGACGCAGCUCCGACUUUGUCAUGAUGUUUAUCUUUGGCGGCGUGCUGAUGACCUUCUUCGGGAUCUUCGUCAACCUGCUGUUCCUCGGCCAGGCCUUCACAUUGAUGCUGGUCUAUGUGUGGUCACGUCGCAAUCCACUGGUGCCCAUGAACUUCUUCGGGGUACUCAACUUCCAGGCGCCCUACCUGCCGUGGGUGCUCCUCUGCUGCUCCAUGAUACUGGGCAACACCGUGUGGGUGGAUGUCAUUGGCAUGGGUGUUGGCCACAUCUACUACGUGCUGGAGGACGUCUAUCCCACAUUGUCCAACGGCUAUAGACUGAUCAAAACCCCCUACUUUCUGAAACGACUUUUCAAUGAGCACAUCGAGCGUAACUAUCAAGCAGCCGCCGAAGAUCGUCCCGGCGGCUUUCCUUGGGGCGGCGAGGGUCAGCCUCUGCUGCCGGAUCAGAUUGCGAACGCAGCUGGUGGACAGGAGCAGGAGGCCGCGGACCCGCCGCCUCCCGCUGCUGCGGCGCCGCUAUAACAAAACUAGAAAACUUGAUUGUUAAAACGUUCUUCUGUUCAAAACGACGACGACGAUGACAACAAUGUUGUGUACCCCUCCGCCACCUUCCGUUUGGUGCUUGGUGUAUUUAGGCGUAUAGUAUUGAGAGCGAGGCGUGCAAUAGUUAGCCAAAGUUGGUGCAGAGCGUGUGUGUAUGUCAUUUAUUGGUUUGUUUUCUGAUGCAGAGCCCAAUUUCCACGCAAGAUGUUCUUUAAUUUAACCCCCAAGGGAUGCUUUCUCGACAGUUUUGAACCUACACUGCACAUGUGAUUAUAUAUAUACAAACAUGCUACAAAUAAACCAUGAUGUAUAAAGUCCACAAAGAAA